AUGCGUUGUGUUGCAAUUGGGUGCAAAACGACCCACUUAGAUGGGGUUAGUUUUUACCCGUUCCCUACUGAAACAACCCAGAGGAAGAAAUGGAUACAGGCUGUCGGUAUUUCAAGGGCCGACUGGCAGCCCACCAAGCAUUCGAUGCUGUGCGGACGGCAUUUUGAGGCAGAAUGCUUUGAAAUGAAGUCCAGCAUAGGCAACUACUUGGGAGUCGUGGGGAAAAUUAAAAAACGCCUAGUUAAGGGUGCAAUUCCCACGGUUUUUGAAAAACCUAAAUACCCAGGGUCGCUAGGAGAAAGGCCACCAGUCAAGAAAGGAAAGUCCACAGCUUACGAAAAACGGGAACGAAAAAGGGUAAUCCAAGAAAUUAUGGCCAAUACACUGGAUGAAAGUGUUGAAAAAGAAAACAAAGAUCCUGUUCCUCAGAGUUUUAAUAAAAUGGAAAUGGAAACUCAGGACUCUGGUAGCAGCAAUGCACUAUAA